AUGAGUUAAAAAGGAAAAUUGUUUUUAUCAUCAAAAGUUGAUUUAGGUUAUAAAUCUAAUGAAGACAGCAUUCGUCCUGCAACUACAGCAGCUGUUACAGGAAGUGAUUUUUUGUUUGAAAGUAAUAUCUAAUAAAGCACAUAAAAAUCUAUAUUUAUGAAACCUAAUUCCUUACAUACAAUAAGAAAUAUCUUUGAUGGUAUUAUAUAUAUCAUUACAUAGAGGUUAAUAAUGAAGAGAGGAAGAAAUACAAAGAUAGUUAAGUUGGGCCAAGAUAUGAAGAUGAUAAAAAAGAAAAAAUAGUAAAGUGGUCUAUUGUUGGUAAGGCUGAAUAAUUUUUGGCAGUGAGAAAUAAAAAUAGAUAAAGAGUUGUAAUUAAAUAAAGAAAACAAGAUGGAGAUGAAUCAUUUUCUGAUGAUGUACCAUCUGUAAAACCUUUAGUCUUAUAAUAAUCUCAAUCUUAAAUGUCUGGAAUGAAUUAGUCUAGAAAGAUUCCAAAGAAACCUAGAGGUGAAUUUAAGAUGUUACCAAGAUAAGAUGCAUUAGUAAAGUUAGUAGAAGCUAGACGUAGAAUUGAAACUGAUAAGAUUGAUUAAAUUAAACAAGAAUAAAAACUUCCUCUUCAUAUAAGAAAUGCAAUAACUAGAGAUAAAAGAACUUUAGAAUCUUUUGAUUAAUUAAAAGAUAAAUGGGAAUUUGUAAAUAAUUAAAUUGCUUCUAAUUGUGAGAGAUCUCCUACUGAUACUAUAUUGAUUAGAUCUGAUAAUUUUAGGGAUCGAAUCACAAAAUUGAAUAUUAUAGAAUCUCAUAAAAAUGAGGAUGAGAAACAUAAUGAUAGAUUAUGGUAUCUCAGAUUAAGAUGGUAUGAUUGUAAGGAUGAUAGACCUCCAUUUUCAUUGAUUACAACUUAAAGACCUAAAAGUAUUCCUAUGACAAGUAGAUUAAUUAAUAGAUAUGUAAAAGACAAUAAGGCUGAACAUCUUAAUUAAUAAUAAAAUUUUGUAUUGUCAGAUAUAUAGAGUAAUUUUAAUACUAAAGUUAUUGAUAAUCCAUAUUUAUAGGUUGAAAAAGUUAUAAAAAAUAGUAUUAAUAUUUAUAAAAUUUUAGCUAAACUUUCCAAUUUGUAUAGUAAGAAAUUAGAUGAAUAAUUAUAAGAAAAAAUAAAGGAUAAACCAAAAAAGAAAUAUGUAGACACAAAUGAAUAUUUAGAACUUGUUGGUUAAAAUGUAUACUAAAAAGAAUUAGAAUUUAUAAUGAAGGAAUAAUAAUAAGAAUAUUAAUAUUUUGAAGAAAAACCAGAUGAAGAAGAAGUUUAUAUUGAUAAUUGGAAUAAUUAAUAAUUAGCUAAAAUGGGUUAACCAUUAAUAUAACAUAUAUGA